GUCCCACCUAAAACAGACAGAGCAGCUUCACUUUGGGUCGUCGGAGAUGGAAGAAAUCCGAGUCGACGGCGAGUAUUUCAGCCACCGAAACCUCGUGAAUCCCUCCAGGAAACAUCGGCAGCUGACACUCGACGCCAUGGCUUCUUUUUAAACAGUUGUGGGGAGAAAAAAGAAAAAGCCUUCUUCUUCUUCUUCUUUUUUGUAGAAGUGUCGACCGACAGCGCCUAGUUAGUUAGCUUCACUUGACUCAAACAAAAAAAGGACAGACGGACACUGAUUUGAUUUUUUACACGGGGGGUACGAGCGGUAUGCACGCGCCAUGUGAAUAAGUGAACAUAAGAUUAUUAUGCUAUUUUUUUUAUUUUUUUCUAAGUGAGGGAUUUAUUUUUUUUAAUUUCUGUCCCUAACUGUUCAGGUGCUCCUCUCUAACUCGUCCGGGUUGAUCUUUUGAAAAUUGUCACAACGCAAUAAUCUCUGGUUUUGUUUCGGUUACCGGACCGAAGGAGGUGUGACAUUUUUAUUUUUUAUUUUUUGGGGACAUCAGACGUCGACUGGUGGGAUUAAGGACAAAUAGAAAAAUAUGUCAACAAAAACUCCUCUGCCAACGGUCAACGAGAAGGUGACUGAAAGUCACACGUCUCACAGUAAUGGACGCCAGGAGAUCAGCACGCGCUCGGCCCGGACCGGCGUUCGAUCCCGCAGCUCCGAGGAGCCUCAGCAGCCGCACGUCGGCAACUACCGGCUGCUCAAAACCAUCGGCAAGGGCAACUUUGCCAAAGUCAAACUGGCCCGACACAUCCUCACCGGCAGAGAGGUGGCGAUUAAGAUAAUAGACAAGACGCAGCUGAACCCAAACAGCCUUCAGAAGCUCUUCAGAGAAGUUAGAAUAAUGAAGAUUUUGAAUCAUCCUAAUAUAGUCAAGCUCUUUGAAGUGAUUGAGACGGAGAGGACGCUCUACCUGGUGAUGGAGUACGCCAGCGGAGGAGAGGUGUUCGACUACCUGGUUGCACAUGGACGAAUGAAGGAAAAAGAGGCCAGGGCUAAAUUUAGACAGAUCGUAUCGGCGGUGCAGUACUGCCACCAGAAGCACAUCGUUCACAGAGACCUCAAGGCGGAGAACUUGCUCCUCGACGCAGACAUGAACAUCAAGAUCGCAGAUUUCGGCUUCAGCAACGAGUUCACGAUGGGCAACAAGCUGGACACGUUCUGCGGUUCUCCGCCGUACGCCGCGCCGGAGCUUUUCCAGGGGAAGAAGUACGAUGGGCCUGAGGUGGACGUCUGGAGUCUGGGGGUCAUCCUGUACACGCUGGUCAGCGGCUCGCUGCCGUUCGACGGGCAGAACCUCAAGGAGCUGCGUGAGCGCGUUCUCAGAGGGAAGUACCGCAUCCCGUUCUACAUGUCCACGGACUGCGAGAACCUCCUCAAACGCUUCCUGGUGCUCAACCCGUCCAAGCGGGGGACUCUCGAGGUGAGGGAGGACGCAGAAAAUGUAAAUAUGCCUCUCAAUUCUUAUCUCACCCCCUCCUGCACCAUCGGAGAAUGUCAUCUAUCCUCCACCUCUCCAACAACCCCCCCUCCUCCUCCUGCAUCAUCUCCUCUGACGCCCACGCUGUCCUGUUUUUUUUUUUUUUUUUUUUCCCCCGGCCCACUCUCUCCUCCUUCUUUCUGAUGUUGUAACCAUGAAUAAUGCAUCGCCGUUCUUGUGUUCGUACCAAAAUUGUCUUUUUGUUCACUUCCCUGCCUUCAUCCGUGAGUCGAUGGUACCUCACAGCGCUCAGGGCGGCGCAUGAAACCAGCUCAGUCGAGUCAGAUGACAGUAAAGUUAAAAUGAUAAACCUCAAAAUAAAGGAGGUUUAUUCACCACCGAGACCAGUGUGUAGACUCUGUAGACGAAUAAUCUCUGGUCAGAUUCCAGCUGUAAGAUCUUCGUCGGAGGUAAAAGUACAUUUACUCGAGUACUGUACCGAAGUACAAUAAUGAGGUACUUGUACCUUACUUGAGUCUCUCCUUCUCAAACUACUUUCUUCUUCGACUCCACGUAAUUUAUCUGACAGCUUUCGUUACAAAUUCAGAUUUUUGCUCAGAAAACCUAAAACAGUUUGACUAUAAGAGCAACUUAGUGUGAAGAUGUGCUGCUGACAAUGUCUUAUCCAAAUAGUGUUGUAUUAAUGUUGAGGAUUGGACUACACAAACAUUGUGACGGUGUCACUUUGAGUAACUGUGAUGCAGUUUCUCACUAUUUAUUACAAUCUGAAUGGAGUUUUAUAUUUAACACUUUUGGUCUUUGUGGCCCGUUACUACAAGUUUGGACCUCUUGAUAAAGUUCAUCACAUUGAACAUAAUUAUAUAAUUCAUAACCUGAUAAUAGUAGACGUAUUUAGAAGUGUUUGUUUCAGAGCUGAGAUUAAAACAGUGGUGUUUGAUGUCGGAGGCAGGAAGGACGGUGAGAUGUGUCAGAGCUGCGAUCACGUUGUCAGAAAGGUGUUGAUGAGAUUGUCUGUAGCUGUAAACGCGUGGUCCUGUCUGACACCCGGCAGUUCAGCAUUAACAGAUAAAACCUUUAUUUUUGGCACCUGAGCGGGUUUAAAACCACUCGUGUGUUUUUGUUUGAAAUGGACCUUUUGACGAGAGCGGUUCCAUCUUGUCGGUGAAUUAAACUCCGUGUUGUUUGCCUCAGAUAUCGCUCGAUGCCCUGGAUUAUGGGAGAAAGCCAUGGUUACAUCAGAGCCUGACCGGCGAUAAUUAGUUUAAAACCCCCCCGAGAGCUAUUGAUCAGCUGCAAAUGAAACAUAAAGGGGCAAACAGAUGAGAUGCAGCACAGAGCAAUAUGGACGUUACUGUGGAAUCUGUUUAAUGGAGAUACAACUCUUUAAAGAGCUGAAGGUAAAAAUGUACUUCAUCAAACUGAAAGCACACCAAAAUACAAAUGAAUCACACUUGUGCUUUUGCUAUAUUUUCAAUUUCCAGCAAACCAUCUGGAACAAAUUUAAAGCAAUAAAAAACACCGUCACUCAGAAGUUGCUUCGUAAUUACGUUAAAUAUUGAAUUUAUUGUAAAACUAUAUUAGUAGACAUUAAUUAGGUAUUUUUACUGCCAACGAUUUUAAAUCUAUGCAAUGCUUAAAUGCAAUAAAGCUGUUAAUAUAGUAGCAAUAAUACAGAUUAACAAUUUAUAGCUUAAAUGCAAUAAAGUGAUGAAUAAAAUAUUUAAACCAUUCUUAAUCCAAAUCUUGUUCUAAAUAUAUAGGUUUUAAGUCGACAUUUAAAGAUUUUGAACCCUUCCAGCAUCUCUCAGAUUACUGUAUAUUAUAUAUAUUAGUGUAUAUUGUGUGUGUGUGUGUGUGUGUGUGUGUGUGUAUAUGUA